UGUGACCUUUCAGCACCGACUUCCACGAGUCGAAGAAGCGAACGAUGUUUGGAUGCUGGAGAGCUUUCAGCAUUCCCACCUCCUCGCUGAACCUCUGCCGCUCCGCCUUGCUCAGACGGUGAGUCUGAUGGGUGAAAGGUCAAAGGAUCAACGUGUAGGUCGUCAGCGUGUUUGUUAUCAAUACCAGCCAGCUGGCGCUGGUGCGGUCUGCAAAGUGCUGAGUCAUUAGCGUGUUAUCUCACAUGUGCACUUGCAUGAUGAGCUGUAUGAUGACAUCACUGGCUUCAGCCAGUAGCAGCACAGGAGGUCAAGGUAGCACAAUAUGUGUGUUUGUGUGUGUGUGUGUGCACCUGUGCUACCUGCAGCUCGCACCAGGCCACCUCCACGGUAGUCUCGGUGUCCAGACCCUUGUAGACCGUCUUGAAGGAUCCUCGGCCGAUCUCGACGUUGAACUUGAGGAAGCGUCCGUCCGGAGAAGACGCCACCGCCUUUGUCUCCACCUCGUCGUGCUCCUCCUCUUCCUUCUGUUGCCACGGUAACGACUCCCUGUUGGAUGACAACAAUGCCACCGCCAUAUCCUCCCCUUCCUCAGAGCUGCUGUCCAAUUGGACGUCCAGGGAAUCGUCCACGUGGAUUGUUCCGGGAAGAGGAGGACAGGCGAGAGUCUCAGGCUUCAUGGUGUCUUCAUGUGGGUCUGGACCAGCAGAUGUUUCUGCCUUCACUCCUCUGACAUGCUCUAUCAGCUGGGGGCAGAUGGUAGGAGGAGUUAGGACAAGCUCCGCCCCCAGACACCUGGAAGACAACAACAUUUACACGUGAACUAUAUAUGAACUACAUCAAUAUUUUAUAUUGUUUAUAUAAACAUACAUAUACUAUUGUUGUCAUUUAUUUACGUCAAGUUAAGAACCAGAGAGGAAGAAGUAAAAGUAUUUCUGUACUCUCCACCACUGCGCUGCGCAGAACGUGGAAGUCGAUUAGUCACGUCUCGAUUAAUGUUUUCUGGGAUCUCCUCGUACUGCCUGCGUCGUCCCACAAUCCUUUGUGCUGCAUAAUAGUUGCCAGUCAUUGUAGCGAACGCUUGAGAGGGCAGUAGUUUAUUAAAAAGCUGUCUUUGUGCUGUGAACUGCUUCUUUUCCACGAGCACACACCAUGAAGGAGACAGCGGCCAAGCGGCGGGACCGAGCGGGAGGCCGAGACCGGGACUCGAAGACUGACAAGCCGAAAGAGGUCGGCGCCGAGCCGCAGGACGUGGAGAUGCCCGAGGCGGAGGCUGCUAGCUCUGCUAAGCAGCCCAAAGAGAUGGACAGUCUCACUUUGGACGACAUCAAGGAGCACGUCAAACAGAUCGAGAAGGCCGUGUCAGGGAAGGAGCCUCGCUUCGUCCUGCGUGCGCUGAGAGCGCUACCGUCUACGAGUCGCCGCCUCAACACGUUGGUGCUGCACAAAGCCAUCAGCGGCUUCUUCACCAACAAUGCUGCCACCAGAGACUUUCUGCUGUCCUUCCUGGAUGAGCCCAUGGACAUGGUGGACGGAGACGUGCCGUUUCGUCCUAGGACAGGGAAGGCGGCGUCCAGUCCACUGCUGCCAGAGGUGGAAGCCUACCUGCAGCUGCUGCUGGUCGUCCACCUGACCAACAACAAGAGGUUCCCUGAGGCUCAGAAGGUGUCUGAUGACCUGCUGCACAAGAUUGCCUCCAAGAACCGCAGGGCCCUGGACCUGGUGGCCGCCAAAUGCUACUACUACCACGCCAGGGUCUAUGAGUUCUUGGGCCAGUUCGACACCAUCCGCAGCUUCCUGCACACUCGCCUACGCACGGCGACCCUGCGCCAUGAUGCCGACGGCCAGGCGGUUCUUCUGAACCUUCUGCUGAGGAACUACCUACACUUCAACCUGUACGACCAGGCCGAGAAGCUCGUCUCCAAGUCCGUCUUCCCCGAACUUGCCAACAACAACGAGUGGGCCCGAUACCUCUACUACACAGGUCGCAUUAAAGCCAUCCAGCUGGAGUACUCUGAGGCUCGCAGAACUCUGACCAAUGCGCUGAGGAAAGCACCUCAACACACUGCUGUGGGCUUCAAACAAACGGUCCACAAGCUGCUGAUCGUGGUGGAGUUGUUGUUAGGAGAGAUUCCUGACAGGCUCCAGUUCAGACAGCCGUCACUCAAGAGGUCUCUGAUGCCCUACUUCCUGCUGACUCAGGCAGUGAGAACGGGAAACCUGUCCAAGUUCAACCAGGUGUUGGAGCAGUUUGGUGAGAAGUUCCAGGCUGACGGCACGUACACGCUCAUCAUCCGCUUGAGACACAACGUCAUCAAGACUGGUGUGCGCAUGAUCAGCCUGUCCUACUCUCGCAUCUCGCUGGCUGACAUCGCUCUCAAGCUGCAGCUGGACAGUCCAGAAGAUGCCGAGUUCAUAGUGGCCAAGGCCAUCAGAGACGGCGUGAUCGAGGCGAGCAUCAAUCACGAGAAAGGCUUUGUCCAAUCCAAAGAAACCAUGGACAUCUACGGCACCCGAGAACCUCAGCUGGCUUUCCACCAGAGAAUCUCCUUCUGCUUGGACAUACACAACAUGUCUGUCAAGGCUAUGAGGUUUCCACCAAAAGCUUACAACAAAGACCUGGAAUCAGCAGAGGAGCGUCGGGAACGUGAACAGCAGGAUCUGGAGUUCGCCAAAGAAAUGGCCGAAGAUGACGACGACAGCUUCCCCUGAGCCCCUCAGCUGGCUUCCUGUCCAGACAGCGGCAGUCCUCAUGUCCUCUUUGUUUUUUUUGCUGUGGUGUAUGAACCAAUAAAAGACCGUGACUUUG